UUGACUUUGCAAAUCAGAUCACACAACAAGAAAGCUAAGAUAGGUUACAACUUACAACAAUGGAGAUGACACCAAUGGAACAAUACUAUAGCCAUUUCAGCCAUCGCCACCCAUUAAAGAUCUCCGAUGUAGAAGAAGAAGAUCAAGUCAUCUGCUCCGGCUGCGAGCACGAUCUCUCCGGUGGCUCCGCCUACGCGUGCACCAAAAUGAACUGCAACUUCAUCCUCCACGAUUCUUGUUUCGAGUUGCCUAGGCAAAUUAAGCACAAAUCUCACCCAAAACACACUUUAACCCUCCUCUUCUUUCCUCCUUAUGACGACGGAGAAUUCACGUGCGAUGCUUGUGGGAAUUCGGGUCAUGCUUUUACGUUUCAUUGUGAGAAAUGUAAGUUUGAUCUUCAUGUUGAAUGUGCUUCGUUGCCGGAGAUUGAAGAGAGGAAAGAUCAUCAACAUCCUCUUACGUUGUGUUAUAGUAAUGUUUUUUUUGGGAAGGAUAAGGACGUGGAUUUGAUGUGUUAUGUUUGUCAAAGAGGUGUUGGGAAGCGUUGUUGGUUUUAUUAUUGUUUGGCUUGUAAAUUUGCUACCCAUAUGGAUUGUGUGUCUACUCAAGAAAUUCAAGUUUCAGAAAUUUGAGAAACUUUUUGAAGUUUCUUUUCCCGAAGUGCAAAUUUAAGAGAAAAUGUAUGCCUUUGAAGAAAUCCAAUAUUAAUCGAGAGCUGCCUUUUGAUGUCAUUUGUUUGAUUGACACAUUUGUGAUUAAUUUUGUCUUUAAUUCAUUGAACCUUGUUGAGUGUUUUUUCAUUUUUCUCGUGGUUGGUGUUAAAGCAGAUUAGAGCUCGGAAAUGGAUAAAUAUGUACUGGUAAGUUAGCUGGAUUAAGAUAUUUAUUGCUAAUAAGAUGGAUUUGAGAUGAUGUAUA